AUGCGCGCAAUUCCUCCACAACCUUCAAAUCCAUGUUGGUCCCGCAUGUGCAAGAAUGUGGCCAUGAUACUAUUGCUGUUGCUCUCUCUGGUAGCCAGCAUCCAGGCACAAUAUCUCAGUGAGGUUACAGUUGCCCGGCAUAUGUGCGCUGUCCGAGCAUCUGCAGGACAGUGCAGCGAUCAAUUUGCUGCUGCUGUUGAUUGUACGGAAGUACUUGAUGCUAACAAUGCUAUCGACAACGAUGUGCUUGAAUCACUUUCUCUGCAGGUGCCGGAUGGAAACCACCCACAAAAGGAGGCAUCGCAGCUGAGCCUGAGUCUGGGACGCCAAUACAGACCACCGCAACUUUUGGGACACUGCAGCACCAGCCUAGAAAAAGGUACACAACCGGGCUGGGAAAGCUGGACGAAGCUCCAAUCGCCGAGAAAUUUGAGCGGGUGAGGUGUUACGAUGUUUGACCUCUCUUCGAGAAACCCUUCGUCACCUUGCACUGACACAGUCGGUCAUUCGAAUCGCAACUUUGCUUCGAUCGUUUCCUCGCCACACCUGCCAACAGCUACUGAGAAGCAAUCUUUUCUCCCAGACGGAAGAUACAAUUGAAGAACAUCUUUGGACCAAGCCCAAGCCAAAACCCCCCUUACAUCCACAGUUGACCCAGCUUUCACACGACCCGACGGGUUUGGGGAACAUCGAGGCUCAGCUAGGGCUUGAAAAUGCUACAAGCCGAAACCGGGGGUGGGUCAUCGCUAUCGUGUGAGUAUUCAGUGGAGUUCUGAUGAACCUCGACUUUGAACUGCUUGCACGUCUUCGCAAGAGGGCCCGAAUGAUGAUCGCGCGCUCACGAUCGCACGAUUCCGCCUUCAGUGCUUCAAAAGACCCGCGAUCUGAAGCACUACUGGCAUUAGUGAACAGAACGGUAUCUCUCCUCUACCAAGAUCCCACCUCAUUUUCUUUGCUGCCAGAUGCUUCGCUUCCGAGGUCGUCUUUGAACGCUAACAUAGAUGAUUGGAUCACCCAGACAACGUCAGAGUCGGUGCCUUCGCCGCGUGCCACAGAGUCAAGGCAUGCUGGAAAGGAGAUGGAGCGCGAAAACUUACGGGUCACCGAAGAAAAUCAAUUCAAAUCGCUAUGGAAGCGAGAACCGCGUCUCAGAGAAGAGAUGCACAGAUUCUGGGAGUGGGGCUAUGCGGACCUGGACGACCACCAUUGCACAAGAUUAAGCUGGAGGUGGUGGAUAUGGCGGUCAGUACAGGGGCGCAGCGCGUUGAUGCCCUCAUAUCGUCCCUGUUACGGCCUUGCGAACCAGUCGCUGAAUCCUGCUGUUUCGUUGCAGCAUUCCUGCGCUCUAUCUAGUCACUGCGCCUAUCGAUGAGGCGGGCAGGCCAGACUCAGAAGGCCCGCGUUUGCAUGUUCGCUCGCACCCCCUCGCCACAGCCUCAUUUAGGGGGCUUCCAUCCCCGGAGGAGCUGGUUCGCCUGUUACGCCCGCCUUCUGACGGUACAUCUUUUACGACCACGUCGGCCACACACUUUCAAGAUGCGCAAUGGCUGCGAUUGAAGCCAUGGAGAUCGCGCUUUUCGCCUUAUGGACGCACAUCUGCAGAGAGGUCUUUGGAAGCCGUACCUCGACUUUUCGGAGAAGUCAGCUCAACGGCGUUGCCAGGCAUCAACUACGUGCCGAGCUGGGCCUGGACAGCCGUGAGUAUCGGAUCCUACUCCACGAGCAACUCGCUCUUUGGCCAUAUGCUGAACACGGCCUUCUAG